CGGUCGCUUAAGCUACGUUCAUUGGUUGUUGACAGCUCCAGAUUAGUAACAGGAUGUUGUGUGUGUGUGUUGCAGGUGUUCCUAUCAGUUUAGUACCCGUUUCAUACCUUUAGCUGUCCCUCAGGCGGCAGCAGCUUCUAGGAUAAUGUCUGCUGCUGGUAUGCGCUGUCCAGCCUGCGGCUCCACAAACAUUGUAGACGAUGACCUGUACUCUCAGGCUCAGCUCGUGUGUGUGGACUGCGGCUCUGUGGUGUCCGAGGGAGUCCUGGCUAAUGAUCCAGUAGGAGGUUCAGAUGUCAGCUUCAGUCGAACCACUGCUGUUGCCAAAAGGCCGUGCGCAAACCUGAUAAAAGGUCAGCAGCGUGUGAAAGCCAUAUGUCGGAUUCUCAUGGUCAACAGGGAGAUUGAGGAUCUCUCACACACGUAUUACAAGAUGGCCUAUGAGCAUAAAGCUUUCCUCAAAGUUAGCCUUCAGAAAAAAGAUAUUCUUACUGGUUGUUGUGUGCUUGUAAGCUGCAGGCAGCUCAAUUGGCCCAUUACUGUGGGAACCAUCAGCUGCCUGCUGGAUGCCGACUCGAUGGUGGUGGGAGCGAUUUAUCAAGAAAUGGUCAAGAACCUCAGCAUUGAGGCCCCGAUCAUCAACGUCACUGAUGUAAUAGGAGCUCACUGUCAUGAAUACAAAAUUAGCUCGCUCGAUGUUCCUGAAGAAUUGGCUGAGAAUUCGAGGGAGCUGACCAAACGAGCUGUGGCCCUGGUAGAGCUGGCAGCAGAUUCCUGGAUUGUGACUGGCCGUAAGCCCAUUCCCAUAAUGAUGGCAGCAACGUAUUUGGCCUGGCAAUCCUUAAAACCCAACAAGCAUCGCCUGAAAUUCUCCCUGGACAAGUUCUGUCAGGUUGCCAAAGUGAAAAAGCUCAAGUCUGCUAUGACAAGAGUAGCUGAAAUCAAGGAGGUGUUGUGUAAGCUAGGCAAGGAAAUACCCUGGGUCAGGGAAACAGUGACACCGGAUAAUGUUAUUCAGCUAGUUGAAUGCAUUCUGCAGAACAGGUACGCCCUGCUAAGGAGGGCUAUGAGAACCCACGAGGACGCUCUGCUGGAGGAGAGUCAAGCCAGCUGUGCUGAGGCUCCGCCUGAGUCUUCCUCCCAAAUCUCUGAGUGCGCAGAUCAGACUCCAAUUACGUCUUUUGUGAAACAAAAUGGGUCGAAUUCUGACGGCAAAGAGAAGCCAGGAGAUGUCGACUAUAAUCCACGUGUACUGCCAGAGCACAGCGGCACUCAGGAGAGUCAAAAUCCACCUCAAAACUGGGGGAAAAGAGUUCUGUUUGCUCCUCCAUGUGUCAUUCAUGCGAAGAAAAGGAGAGCGGAGCAGCCUGAACACACGGAUGUGACCGGUGAUGAGGAAAUCUCUGACAGCGAAAUUGACUCAUACAUUCGCACACCUCAGGAGGCUCGAGACUUCGCUCUAAUGCAGCAGAUGCUGUCUUUGUCUGACAGUGCUAAAUCAUAACCGAGCCCAGUGACUGGUUCUUCGGAGAUGGCUGGCAUAUUUAAGUUUAUGUGCACUUUCUUUUUUUUAUGACUGUUGAACUCAGGAUGUAGAUAUUUUCAUUGGCUUGGCUUGAUUAUAUAACCUAUUCAUCUAAUUUUGUACAGUGUACAAAAGGGGCUGUGUCUUUUGUGUUUGUACUUUAAAAAUCUUCACUCUGCACUUGAAAAUGUAGCAUGAGGAAGUUAAUGUGUGUAAAUAUUUUGUUUAAUGGAAGUGCAAUUAAAGCAAAGUGCCUGAUUAAAAGGAUGCACCAAGUUCA